AUGAUGAACACACAAACCUAUCCAACUGAAACUCCUGCCUCAGGUGCUGGUGGUCUCAAAUACGACAAUCGUUACUAUGAACGUGAAGAGGCUCAUCAUGCUCGUGAUCGUUUCUGGACAGGAUUCUUCCUUUCGUUGAUUCUCUUCUUUACAUUGAAUCCAUUAUCUUGCUUACCUUACAUGUUGGGUUGGCGUUAUAGAACAAGUGAUGUCCCACGUGCUAGAAAAUGGGGUCGUUUGAGUUGGCUCAUGUUUUGGGCCACUUUGGCUGCUGUCACUUGCUUUUGGAUUUGUGCCAUUAUUGUCAUUCCAAUUGCUGUGGGAUGUACGGUCGGAAGACGAAAUGCUGCUGCUGCAGCUGCUGCUCGUGAACAUCAACAAAAUCCUGCAGUUCCUGUGCCACCAGCACAAUAA